CGAAGGAAAAGCGUAUUCCUCGUGAGCACUAACUUCUCACUCCUCUUCUCCGUCUUCUUCAGUCUGCGUUCACACAAUCUUCACCCAUCCAUCAAAGAUCGGAGAUUUCGAGGGGGUGGUGGUUGGAUGACGUCGGAUGGGGCUACGUCGACAUCAGCAGCGGCGGCAGCUGCGGCGGCGGCGGCGAGGAGGAAACCGUCGUGGAGGGAGAGGGAGAACAAUCGGAGGAGAGAGAGACGGAGAAGAGCCGUAGCUGCGAAGAUAUACACUGGGCUUAGAGCUCAAGGUGAUUAUAAUCUUCCCAAACAUUGCGACAACAAUGAGGUUCUCAAGGCUCUCUGUGCUGAAGCUGGUUGGGUUGUUGAAGAAGACGGCACCACUUAUCGCAAGGGAUGCAGGCCUCCACCUGGUGAGAUAGCUGGAACAUCCUCUCGAGUUACGCCUUACUCAUCGCAAAACCAGAGCCCUCUGUCUUCGGCUUUUCAAAGUCCCAUCCCUUCUUACCAAGUCAGCCCGUCUUCCUCGUCCUACCCGAGUCCGUCUCGUGGUGAACCGAGUAACAACAUCUCCACAUUCUUCCUCAGAAACGGCGGCAUUCCUUCCUCUCUUCCUUCCCUCAGGAUCUCAAACAGUUGCCCCGUUACUCCACCGGUCUCAUCCCCGACCUCUAAGAACCCUAAGCCAUUGCCUACUUGGGAAUCCAUUGCUAAGCAGUCCAUGGCGAACGCUAAACAGUCAAUGUCGUCUUUCAACUAUCCUUUCUGUGCGGUUUCUGCGCCUGCUAGUCCGACACAUCGCCAGUUUCAUACCCCGGCGACUAUACCUGAGUGUGACGAGUCUGACUCUUCGACUGUUGAUUCUGGUCAUUGGAUAAGCUUUCAGAAGUUUGCACAGCAACAGCCGUUCUCUGGCUCUAUGGUGCCAACCUCUCCUACUUUCAAUCUCGUGAAACCUCCCGCUCCUCAGCAGAUGUCUCCGAAUGCUGCUGCGUUCCAAGAGAUUGGUCAAAGCUCUGAGUUUAAGUUUGAGAAUAGUCAAGUUAAGCCGUGGGAAGGAGAGCGGAUACAUGAUGUUGGUAUGGAGGAUCUGGAGCUUACGCUUGGAAACGGCAAGGCUCGUGGUUGA